AAUUUAAAAAGUGCUCUGGAUUGUGUGGUACCGGCACGAGACAAAGCUCUGGUCGACACGGGCCUUAAAAUCGAAUUACCGCAAGGCUGUUCUGGAAGAAUCGCACCCAGAUCUGGAUUAGCUGUGAAGAAUUUUAUUGACGUUGGAGCCGGCGUCGUAGAUGAGGAUUAUAGGGGCGUUUUAAAGGUAGUUUUAUUUAACCACUCCGACUCAGAUUUCGAUAUUAAAAGUGGGGAUAGAAUUGCCCAACUCAUAUGCGAAAAAAUUUACUAUCCUGAUUUGGAGGAAGUACAGGAAUUAGGGGACACUGUCAGAGGUGAAGGUGGAUUUGGAUCUACUGGAACUAAAUAAUGUGAUUUUUUUUUGGUAAAUGCUUCCUAAAUUUGGGUGUUUUUGUACUAGAAAAACAGUUUUUGAUUGUAUUAUUCUCCUUCACUGUUUUUCAU